CUCUCUAAUGGACAGCGAGAGACCGACCUGAUCCCUUAUCUUUGUUCGUCUUUUACAAACACCUAACCUGUGCCGACUCACCGCUCUUAUCCUACGCCCCGCUUCUUGGCUACUCUGUAUCUCUCUGCCUGUAUCAACCACAGCGGCCGACGAUUGAUGAUCAGCAGCCCUAUCGUCUGGAAGCCCAAAAGGAGGAGAAGACGAAAAAGGGGCAACGGUGAAACCUUGUAAUCACGAUAGUUCUGGAUCGUGUCUGUGUUGGAAAUGGAGGUUCUCCUAGGUCCCAAUUUCGGCAUCGACGUAAGGGACCGGAGCGGCGUUGUUCCGGUUGCCGCCGAUCAGCACACCGUGGCUUCUUGCCUAUUCUUGGAGGACGAUAUCACCUGCACCCGAAAUGGCCCCGGGUCGGUGUUCGGGAUCGGUUCUAGGGGAAAGGCUCCGGAGCAAAACGAGGAAUCUUCCGACAGUUCUUCAUCGAUCGGAGCACCGGAUGAUAGCGAAGACGAAGAAGAUAACGACGAGGUUUCGUCAAAGGAGGUUCAAAGCCAUUUCAACGGUACGGGGUUGGGCUCUUUGGGUUCAAUGGAAGACUCUCUUCCCAUCAAGAGGGGAUUGUCGAAUCAUUUUACGGGGAAAUCAAAGUCGUUUGCGAAUCUAUUAGAAGUGAGCGCAGUGAAGGAUCUGGAGAAGACAGAGAAUCCGUUCAACAAGAGGAGGAGAGUUUUGGUGUCGGCCAAGUGGUCGUCGAGGAGAUCUUCAUUCUACAGCUCCUCAAACCCUAAAUCCAUGCCUCUGUUGGCUCUGAAUGAAGAGGAAGAUGAAGAUGAAGACGGACAUCAUCAGCAACAACUAGAAUACACAUCAUCUUCAUCACAAUCAUCGUCAUCAACAGAGAACAAGGAACAAGAAAAACAAGAGAGAGUACCCAGAAAAUAUAUUGAUAAGAGACUCUUGAGUUUCAAGUCAAGGAGUUGUUUCUCUCUCUCAGAUCUGCAAGAACAUGAUGAACAAGAUGAGGAUUAGCUUUAGUUUUUAAUUUUUUUUGUGGGUUUAUCUUUUUUUUUCCCCCUUUAUCUUUAGUUGUUUUGUAUGGUUGCCCACUCAAAAACCAUUAAAAGGGGAUAAAAAUCUGUAGUAUAAUAUAUUAUCCUU